GAGAAAGGAGAAAGAAAGGGUGUGAUGGGCCAGAAGUUGCUGGUGCAAGAGGCGCCUGGCUCCGGUUCCGCCUCGACGAAUCGCAUGGAAGGCGGCGAAGGUGCCGGAGGAGGGGAGCUACACCACUUCCUCCAGUACAACCAGCAAUCUCACAGUCCUAGCCAGAGCCUGCAGGGUGGGCUUCCGCUUCCGCUCAGCCCACAACCCCUGCGACACGACGGUGCCUCGAGCGCCGGCAUCGUCGGGGUUAAGAGGGAACCGGAAGAUCUCAGCUCGUCACGCGGAGGCCAACAACCCAGCAAACGACACAAACAGACGCAACCCGACAGUCCCACACCACCGGGAAUGUACCAUCAUCAUCCGCAUCAGUUGCAGGUGCAGCAGUACGGCAGCCCUUACGACCCCUACACGUCGUGCAGUCCGAGGUUGCAGUCGACCGCCUAUACGUCUACGUCAGCGACCGGGACGGGAAACGCAACGGCGAAUCCGGGUGGCGGCCUCCAUCAGGAGGCGACGACAGUCUACGUCGCCGGCGACGCACUGCCGCCGCUCGCCUCGUCGAGCUCCACUUCCUCGCUGUCCACCACGACUGCUUCGUACACGAGGUACGAGGUCGUGCCGAGCUCAUAUGCUACGACACACGCGAUACGCUCGUCGUCGAGUAGCAGCAAAGUCCUGACCGUUGAUCUUCCCAGCCCUGACUCUGGCAUAGGCGCCGACGCGGUGACGCCCAGACAGGACCAUCAUCCAACCACAGCUCUUCAUCAGUCCUCAUUCGACUACACAGAAUUAUGCCCUGGGGGAACAACAGCCGGAACAGCGGUAGUUCUCGAAAGUGGAGCGGUGAUACACCAACCCCUGCAAUUACAGCUGCAGCAGAGCCACGCACAAGCGCAGGUGCAACGCAGCAACUUAGUGUCCGCUGGUGCGACAAAUCCGAAUCCAAAUCCAAAUCCGCAGAGAUCGCGGCCUUGGCAUGAUUUCGGCAGACAGAACGACGCCGAUAAGAUCCAGAUACCGAAAAUUUUCUCGAAUUACGGAUUCAAGUACCACUUGGAGUCACCGAUCAGUACGUCCCAGCGCCGCGAGGACGAUAGAAUAACGUAUAUCAAUAAGGGCCAAUUCUACGGAAUCACGUUGGAAUAUGUGUCCGAUCCGGACAAGCCGCUCCUCAAGGCAGGGCAGACAGUCAAGAGCGUAGUAAUGUUGAUGUUCCGAGAGGAGAAGAGUCCGGAGGAUGAAAUCAAAUCCUGGCAGUUUUGGCACGGGAGGCAACACUCUGUCAAACAACGGAUUCUUGACGCUGACACAAAGAAUAGCGUUGGCUUGGUGGGCUGCAUAGAGGAAGUCGCGCACAAUGCGAUUGCCGUUUACUGGAACCCACUCGAAUCGUCGGCAAAGAUAAACGUGGCGGUGCAAUGUCUCAGUACCGAUUUCUCGAGUCAGAAAGGCGUGAAGGGUUUGCCACUGCAUAUCCAGGUCGACACGUACGAGGAACCACCGCCCCACACGCACACGUAUACGCCGCCUUCCCAUCGCGGCUACUGUCAAAUUAAGGUCUUCUGCGAUAAGGGAGCUGAGAGAAAGACCCGGGACGAAGAGAGACGCGCGGCUAAGAGGAAGAUGACAGCGACUGGCAGAAAAAAGCUCGACGAGCUUUAUCACCCCGUUACGGAGCGCAGCGAGUUUUAUUCUAUGGUCGAUCUGCACAAACCGCCUGUGCUGUUCUCUCCACCGGCUGAACACGCCAUCGAUAAGUUCUCGACGAUGGAGUUGUCGGGCUUCUACGGUGGUGGCGGCGGCGGGGGAGGGGGUGACACCGACACCUCGUCCCUCAGUAAUGGUGAAGGUGGAGGAUUGAAGGCGGGGGGUAGCAGCCCCUAUCCACCGCCAUGCGCCCGGCCGAGUCUGCCGGCCCUCAAGUUCCACAACCAUUUUCCGCCCGACAAUCUCAGUAACCUGCACGACAAGAAGGACUCGUUGCUGAUGCAGGUGCAGGAGCUGCAGGGCUCGAUGCUGCAAGGGGUGCAGACCGGCCUGGCGGGCACGGUGGUGUCCAGUGUCGGUAAUCGGCUGCACCUACAACAGCAGCCGCCGCAUCUACGCCCAGCGGACGCCGAGGAACGCGUCAUGCUCUACGUACGUCAGGAAUCGGAAGACGUCUAUACGCCACUGCACGUCACACCACCGACAGCCCAGGGGCUCCUCAAUGCUAUUGAGUCAAAGUACAAAAUUGCAUCCUCGAGUAUUAAUAACCUCUAUCGCAAAAACACAAAGGGAAUUACAGCGAAAAUUGACGACGACAUGGUCCGAUAUUACGUCGACGAGGACCUGUUUCUGCUGGAGGUGAGCCACUCGCGGAUCAAUUCUGACCCGGGCAGCGAACGCAACCCGAAUAAUCCGGGCUCGCCUGGUGACCCUGGCGAUCCGAGUGAUUCUUCCGCCGGAUAUGACGUCACUCUCAUCGAACUACCUUCAUCGCCUCCACAUCUACCACACUCACCCCUCGCCAAUUCCACACAUGCACAUGUGCAUGUUCACGACAAUAGUAACACGUGAACCUGAACGAACAAGAAACGUUUAUGUAAAUACGCUACGCAAGCUUGACGAGAACUGAUCGCUUGGAUGAAUGAAGGAUCAGCAAUAUCUUGCGUUGAAUAAUAACAAUUAUUAAAUAAUUGUUAUUAAAUAACAAUUAUUAAAUAAAUAGCGAAUUUUUUUCGCACCACGUUGAAGAUUCUUGUAUAGUUUACUUGAUGAUGUGUCUUUCAAAAAUGGCCAUCGAGAAAGAUCCAAGUAGCAACGUGUUAAUUAUUUUCCAGCAAGAACAAUCAAGAAGAAUCAAGAGAGAAUACAUUUCUGAAGAUCACCGAAUUUUCAACGUGAUAGUUCAAAGAAGAAUCGAUGCCACGUUAUUUUAAUCGUAUAGUGUAACAGAGAUUUAAUUGCACAUUUCGGGCUGAUUUCGUUGUCGAUGUUUUAGGGUUAUAAAAAAUUUUAACAAUAUAAACUGUAAGCAGUAAGGACAUUAACAUGUUGAAUUUGUUAUUGCUUACGUUUUAUUGUUUAAGUUUUUAUGUGCCAUGGUUCUUACUGUUCUCCUCUUGCCGCUCGUAUUUAAACAAUGAGUUAAUGGAUACUUAAUGAAGAUGUCGACAAUGAAAUCAGCCGAAGAUAUGCAAUUAAAGCUCAACUCUGUAGUAUAAUAUCACAGUCGAAGCCUAUAUUUAAACGGAUACAUGUUUUGAACAAUUAUCGAUACAAUAAUUAUUAUCGAAACAUUUACCAAAAAACUAAUAAGCAUACGCUAAAUAUUUUUAUGACACUUCAACCCUUU